AAGAGAGAUACUGUAACUACAAAGCAUGGCGGCCGCAAAGGAAAGAGAAAAGGCUGUGAAGAAACGUUUGACACUGUUCUUAGCAGAAGCUCUUAGGUUUGGUUGUUUGAAGGGUUUCAAAUAUUUUUCAUGCUACAUGAGAGGAAGAGAAGAAAUGAUUUGUAAAGUUCUUAAUGAGCCAUUGACCCCAAGAAGUAUGUCACCAACAAACACAAAAGAGAUUAGCAACAGUGGAAGCUUCAACUCAUCAGAUAUGCCAUUUGACCAGAAUUCUUUAAUGUUGUCACAUAACACGCAAAAAACGUUGAGUGGGUAUGGUUAUAUGGAUGUUGGACUUCCACCAGCUUCACCCAGUGAACGUGAAAUUGCUCCGGUUGAUGAUACCUCUACACUGUUCUUAUUGGCUGGCUAUGCCAGGUACUCGUGUCCUUAUGUGUGGGUUCGAAGCAACCAUGAUAGAUUAGUGAAGUUGACAAAAGACAAUGAACGCUUUUCCAAAGACAGUCCGCUGAGAUUGAAGUCAACAACAGCCUGGAAUGAUAAAGACAUCCAUGUUUGGGACAUUGUUGCUGAGCUUGUGAAGAUCAACACGCUACCGGCUCCUCGCAAUCCGUUUGCAGUUGAUACAAAUUACUUGUACAUGCUAGACCUUGAGGAACGCUUUCUUGCGACGGGAUCGAUGGUGAACCUAUUGCAGAAGGUGCUGGACCAUGGUGCAGAUAAACGUUACAGUGGAUUAGUGACAGAAGAUCUAAGAGAACUCAGUAAGCGCCACUUCCAAGAUCUUCUACUGGUAACACAAAAACUGAAAGCUGCACAAACAGCAGUCCAGGCCAGCCCAACCCAUGGGCCACAGGUUCCCCACCCCCAAGAACAGCAACCCUACAGACCCAGGGCACAACAGGCUACACAGUCGACUAAGCCUUUGCAGACCUAUGCGCACAACCAACCUGGGUAUCGGCCACAAUCCAAGCCACUCCAGCAACCGAUACCAGCCCAACAGCCUUAUUAUGCGCAACAAGCAAGGUAUGAGCACCUAUCACAGCCAAGCCAGCCCACCGAGAACUACCAACAACCAAAUGUACCAAACAUUUACAACCAACCACAGAGCAGUAAUCAACGCACCUCUAGCAAUAAAUUAACACAAAGAGUUGCAUAUAAAUAUUAAUUGAUCAAAAAUUCUGGUGAAUUAAUGAUGUAUAGAAAAAUCUAACUUUCGAUCAUUCCUUUGUAGUCUUUAGAUUAAGUUCUGUAAUUGGGUGGGGGGGCGCGGGUGAGAUUCCCCAUCGGAAAUUGCCUUUCAAAAACAUUAUUUUGGGCCAUACUAAGCCAUAAACCUUACCAAGAAUGUUUAUUCUGGGGCCCUGAUCUAGUAAUCCCCAUGGUUCGGACCUGCUCUCCGACAUGUCAGACCCACCACUGGGUCAUAACAUUGCCUGCACGUUCUGUCUUAUUACUUUUUUCUCAUGACCUGAUGACACAUAGUCUCUCUACGAACAUAUCUACAGUACAUCUAAUGUUGUCAUACACUUGGUGUCAAAACCACCCUCAAGACGGAGAUUUCAGGUUUUUUUUAAAGAAUACUAUAUUGAGUUAUUUAAAUGUGAACCUACAACAAUGGCAUCAGGAUUAGAUAUAUUCAUUGUGAACACUGGUACUGGCACGAUUUUCAGUUGGGCCCUUCCUGUUUUAAAUUGAGAACCAACUGCUUAAACGUCUCUUUGAAAGAUAGUGCGCUGAUUUCAGCCCUCCCACAGGGAGAGCAGCUGAUACCAAAUGUUAACAAUAUAUAUAUUCCUUUCAGUGCACACAAUGGGUACCACUAGUUUUGGACUAGAUAGAAUGUGGGCAGCAAGAUCUCCAUGGUUCAGUGUACGUAGGUUAUUAAAUUGUUUAAGUGUUAUAGCGCAUUUAAUUGCUAUUUUAAGCAACGUAUAUCUCAGUACACAAGUCCAGCGUUUUAGGCUGACAAAAUGAAAAACAAUUAGUAAAAAUAAAGUCAAAUUUAGAUUACAGUACCUACUUACAAAUG